AUGAAAUACAGUAUUGCUUCCAUGAAGCUUACUUUAUUCUUCUAUUUUUUGUGUGCAAAAAAUAUAGUUAGUUUGAAAUAUACAAAAUCAAAUUUCUCAUUUUUAUAUAAUGGAUGUGAUAAUAACAAUAGUGGGGUGAUUAACACACACCGAAAUAAAACAACUAUACAAAAUAAAAAUAAAUAUUAUAAAUCUAAAAUAUUAUUAUCAAAUGAAAAACAAGAUGAAGAAUUAUAUUACGAAUUAAAUUCAGAAAAUACUGAAAAAGUUUUGAAUCUAAUACGUCCCAAAUUACAAAUAGAUAAUGGUGGUGUUGAAUUAGUAGACAUUAAGGGUAAUAAUUUAUAUAUACGCUUAUUAGGAAAUUGUAUCACAUGUAGCUCAAAUAGUGUAACUGUAUCCCAGGUUAUAAAAAAAACUUUAAAAAUGUAUAUUCGAGGUCCUGGAAAUAAAGAACCAAAUGUAAUAAUUAUAAAUUUUGAUGAAAUUAACGAAGAAAAUAUUCUAAAUUGUUUAAUUGAUCUGAAGCCAUAUUUUGAUUUUCUCAAAAUUGAAUUAGUAAUUAAAGAGCUAAUAAACAACAAAGAAAAUAUUAAUAAUAGCGUUAUGCUCAUGUUUAAAAAUAUAGAAAAUGAAGAUAAGGAGGUAAAUAUACCUCAUAAUAUUAAAACUGAAAUUAGUGGAAGAUUAAAACAAAAUUUUCCAACAUUGACUGUUAAUUUUGAAAAUUAA